AGUUUGGACUGGGGUUUCCCUUUACAAGGCUAGCCUUUAUCAGCAAGUUUGAGCUACCUCCCUCCUUUUCUCUCUGAUGGCUUUUCGCGGCAAGUCCUCAGGUGGUUCCGUGGCUCAUUGUGACGGAUACGCCUGGGACUUGAAGAGCCUCCUCGGGAAAGGAUCCUACGGGAACGUGUACAAAGGAUGGAACAGCCAGAAGACAGCUGAAGUUGCUGUGAAGGUCGUUCGUAAGGAUCUCUUUAGACAGGACCCAAAGGCUGAGCAGAACCUCAUGAGAGAGAUUGACGUUCUUAAGAAACUCCGCCAGUGUGAGUACGUGGUCCAUUUGUAUCAUGUACAGGAUAUGCAACGAGCCGAUGCUAUUGUGAUGGUAAUGGAGUUGUGUGAGUGCGACUUGGACCACCUCAUUAAAGUGAAGCCAUUUUGUGAUCAAGAUGUGACCGUUCUCCUUCAUCAACUUGGUGAAGGUAUGAAAGCUCUUAGAGCUCAUAACAUUGUUCACAGAGACAUUAAGCCAGGGAACAUAUUGAUAAAGUAUCAUCCCAAGACUGGGAAGAUGAUGAUCAAACUAGCCGACUUUGGGUUUGCCCGACACUUUAAAGACGAGUCGAUGAAACCUCUGGACCUGACGUCACUGGCAGGGACCCCUGUAUUCAUGGCUCCAGAAGCACUGAGGUGUGUGUUCAAUCCUGGUGUGGAGCACUAUGAUGAUAAAGUUGAUCUGUGGUCUAUUGGUGCUUUGAUUUAUAAAGUACUCGUGGGUCAGUGUGGAUUCUAUGCUCAAUUAAAUCACAUAUUACACAUUCUGGAUAAGAAAGGUGACGCCAUUGCUUGGGAGCCGAGUACGGCUCCUAACUAUGGGCCGGUUCCUAAGGUCAAGUACAUAUAUGAACUGCCAGCAUCUCUGGACGAGAGACUCUCAGCUCCGUUCAAGCAAAAGAUGAACCAGCUGCUGGUGUCUUUGUUAAAACUGGAUGCAUUGGAGAGGAUGACAUAUCCUGAAUUCUUUGAUUUUGUUGAUGACCUCCUAAAGAGUAAGGUUGAAGUCGUUAAUCUUCUUCACGGAACUGGUUUCAAGUUUAUGGUGGAAUCUGACAUGAAACCUGAGGACCUUAUGAAUGAUAUUGAGCUAGCAGCUGGGACCCCGGUCGAACACCAGGUCAUAUUCUCCUCCCAGUCGGAUAUUUAUAUUUCAAAGAAUUCGAACACGAGUCAGAAUGAUUUCAAUCUCUUUAUGAACAGAGCAGGUGGAUCACAGGGACAUGCCGUUAUAUACUUUAUUCCUGUUAACGAAGUCACAGCUGAUCUCCUGGAACCUGAUUAUGGAGCACUCGCCAAAUUAUAUUAUUGUGUGGAGAGCAAGUCACAGUGUGUGGAGCUGAUUACAGGACGCAAGUACUCGGAUGAGAUAGUCCAUUCAAUUGGUUCACUUGAGAAACAAAUUGAGAGACAGUUUUCAUGCAUACAGGAGUUCAGGGCAUUUUGUACCAAACAGUUUGAGACACUGAUCCAGUCACUGGCCAAUACAAGACAACUGGCCCAGGAGACUAUUGCUAAAGCAACGCUGGCCUGUGAUUGGUUAUCCAGUGACAUAUCAGUAUUGAACAAAGGGACUGGAAUCAGUCCAGCAGCUGCUAAGACCUUCAAAGAUAAUGUGACUAAAGUCAAGAGAGAAAAGAAUGAGAUUGAUGGUUUGGUCAGUGAAAUGGAGACGAGUCUGAAGAAAUGUGAGAACACGAUCCUUCGUGCUCCCUCCCUCCAGAUUGACGACCUCAUUGAGAAUGCAAAGAAACUGUCAAAGAAAGCGAAGUCACUUACCUCCAUUGAAAGGCAGUUUAUCUAUCAGAUGUGUGAGGAGCUCCUUCAGUUAUGUAAAGGACUCAUUGUCUCUUCCACCGACAGAGCUCACAAGAUGUUGAAAGGUCUAUACACAGCACUCUAUGACAUUUGGAAUGUCUCACAGAAAGCUUCUGCUCUUAAAGUCAAGCAAGACAAUUUGAAUAAAACACUCACUCAAGGUGUACCGGAAUGGAGAGCAGAACUGCUCAGAUCAACAAAAUCAGCAGCUGCUGCACCAGUAGCACAAAGUCAAAAUCAGCAAGGAUGGUCCCAGUUGCAGCAGGACAUUGCUGCCAAGAAUGAACACAUCAGGACUAUUGAAGCUGAAAAUGCUAAACUACAUCAACAGAUAGCUGACAAAGAGGCUCCUAAACUUGAUCCUACUCUUGCUGAAAAGUUCAAGACUUUCUGCAUAUCAGCAAAACGACUUAUUGACCCCUCCUCUGCCAGUCGGUCUCCUAGCAACAAGAGUAAGGACCUGUACCCUAUUCUCGGGGCGGAAGACAGCACCUCCAGUGGGUACCUUGUGGUGGAGGGACAGUUGGACCUCAAUGAGCUGAUACCAGAGGCAAGCCUCCAUCUUGAUAUACUGCAACAGAAACUGCUGAGUGGAGCAUCGGGUUUUGGUGAUGAGGCUGACAUUGAUCAAGUCCACAUUAGAAUAACAUAUUUAGAAAAUUACAAACCUGGUGAUAUUGUUUUGUUCCAUCCUGUUGGAAGAGCAGGUCAAGCUGGUCAAGGUAACAUUCACCUCAACUUGCUUCAUUUGAAGAAACCACGCCCAUACGCCAUAUUGGAGCCAGAGUGCUACCCUGCCUUUGGGUACAGACAGGGACGAAUUGCUGAUUUGGUUAUUGGUAUGAUGGAUGAAAGGAGCCCCGAGGAGGCCAGUUUUAAAGAUAACCCAGUCCUUGCUAAGCAGAUAGGAGAGCCCGAUGGGUCCGAGAGGAAGUUCUAUCGUAUUUGGGCUAAACCUGCUAAAAUUGACUUUGUGAGAACUCGCGCGUCCUCAGGAAGUGCCAAGUCAAAGCCUCAACCGGUUGGGGACUCUAAGAACCCGAGGAAAAAUGACUUUAUCUAAAAUUACUAAUUAAUUAAAUAUAACAAUGAUAAAUUUUAAAUACAUUAUUGCUAUUUUGCCAGUCAUGUGAUGUUCAUUACUCUUACUAAUAAGAAUUAUUAUUAUUGUUGUUGUUAUUGUUAUAUCUAAUGUCUACGUGUCAUUAUUUUUGUUGUCGAUAGUUUUGAAAUAUUUUCUUUAUUCAAA